AUGAUGAUGAUGAUAAUGACGGUGGUGGUGGCGCUUGGGGUUUUCGCGGCGACGGCGUCGGCGCAGAGUGAUCCUUGUGAAUUCGAAUCUCCUCCGUUCGUCUGCCCUUUCACCUGCACCAGCCCUAACCCCGUCUGCGGCGCUAACGGCGUCACGUACCGCUGUGGUUGCCCCGACGCAGCUUGUGCCGCCGUUCGAGUCGUCAGGCUUGGCCCCUGUUAA